UGGGCCAUUUAUCUGAGGCGUUUGGCCUUCAUAGCUAUCCCAAGCUCCAGUGCCCUCCCCUCUGCUCCCCGCGAUGUGGUCCCUGUUUUGGUCUCCAGUCGAUUUGUCCGUCUCAGCUGGCGCCCACCUGCAGACGUGAAAGGGAACGUUCAGACCUACACCGUCUACUUCUCCAGAGACAGCGUGAACAGGGAGCGGGCUUUGAACACGUCACAGCCUGGGAUGCUUCAGCUUACAGUAGGAAAUCUCAAACCAGAAGAAACCUAUACAUUCCGAGUGGUGGCUUACAACGAAUGGGGACCUGGAGAAAGCUCACAACCUGUCAAAGUGGCAACACAACCUGAAUUGCAAAUCCCUGGACCGGUGGAAAACCUGCGGGCUGUAUCUACCUCACCUACCUCAAUUCUUAUUACAUGGGAACCACCAGCCUAUGCAAAUGGCCCAGUCGAAGGCUAUAGGUUAUACUGUACCGAAAUAGCUACUGGAAAAGAACAGAAUAUAGAGGUGAAUGGCUUAUCCUACAAGCUGGAAGGGCUAAAAAAGUUCACCGAAUACACCAUACGAUUUCUGGCUUACAAUCGUUAUGGACCUGGAGUAUCUUCUGAAGACCUGACUGUCAGGACGCUUUCAGAUGUGCCAAACGCUAUGCCUCAGAAUAUCUCCCUGGAAGUGGUUAAUUCAAAGAGUAUCAAAGUUAGUUGGCUGCCGCCACCACCAGGCACACAAAAUGGAUUCAUAACAGGCUAUAAAAUCCGACACAGAAAGACAACACGUAGAGGCGACAUUGAAACGUUGGAACCCAACAACCUCUGGUACUUGUUCACAGGUCUUGACAAAGGAAGUCAGUACAGUUUCCAAGUAGCAGCCAUGACAGCUAAUGGAACUGGACCCUCCUCGGACUGGUAUACGGCAGAAACUCCAGAGAGCGAUCUGGAUGAAUCUCAGGUUCCGGACCAGCCGAGCUCCCUUCACGUCAGACCUCUGUCGACCAGCAUCGUCAUGAGCUGGACGCCGCCGCUGAACCCCAACAUCAUUGUGCGCGGAUACAUCAUUGGCUACGGAGUGGGCAGCCCCUAUGCCGAGACUGUGCGGGUGGACAGCAAACAGCGGUACUAUUCGAUCGAGCAUUUGGAGCCGAGUUCCCAUUAUGUCAUCUCUUUGAAAGCUUUUAACAAUGCCGGGGAGGGAGUCCCUCUUUACGAGAGUGCCACCACCAGAUCUCUGACAGAUCCCAUUGACCCAUUAGAAGUUGAUUUUUAUCCUUUGCUUGAUGAUUUCCCUACCUCAGUCCCAGAUGUCUCCACCCCCAUGCUCCCACCAGUAGGUGUUCAAGCUGUUGCGUUAACCCAUGAUGCCGUGAGGGUCAGCUGGGCGGACAAUUCUGUCCCGAAGAAUCAGAAGAUGACCGAAGUCCGGUUCUACACAGUGCGAUGGAGAACCAGCUAUUCCACAAGUGCUAAAUACAAGUCAGCAGAUACAACAGCCUUGAGUCACACGGUAUCCGGGCUGAAGCCAAAUACAAUGUACGAAUUUUCUGUCAUGGUAACAAAAGGUCGAAGGUCAAGCACGUGGAGUAUGACUGCUCACGCCACUACCUAUGAAGCAGCCCCAAACUCUGCUCCCAAGGAUUUGACAGUCAUUACUCGAGAAGGCAAACCUCGGGCCGUCAUUGUGAGCUGGCAGCCUCCAUUGGAAGCCAACGGCAAGAUUACUGCUUACAUUCUGUUCUACACUCUGGACAAGAACUCUCCAAUCGACGACUGGGUCAUGGAGUCUAUCAGCGGUGACCGGCUUACCCAUCAAAUCAUGGACCUCAACCUCGACACCGUGUAUUACUUUAGGAUACAAGCCCGGAACGCCAAAGGAGUGGGACCCCUCUCAGAUCCUAUUCUCUUCCGGACUCUAAAAGUGGAGCAUCCGGACAAAAUGGCUAAUGACCAAGGUCGUCAUGGCGAUGGAGCCUAUUGGCCGGUUGACACAAAUUUGAUUGACAGAAGCAGCCUUAAUGAACCUCCCAUCGGACAGAUGCAUCCUCCCCAUGGAAGUGUGACACCCCAGAAGAACAGCAAUCUCCUCGUCAUUAUUGUGGUCACCGUUGGGGUCAUGACGGUGGUGGUGGUGGUGAUUGUGGCUGUGAUCUGCACCAGGCGUUCAUCAGCGCAGCAGAGGAAAAAACGGGCUACUCACAGUGUCGGCAAAAGGAAGGGCAGCCAGAAAGACCUGAGGCCUCCGGAUCUUUGGAUACACCACGAGGAGAUGGAAAUGAAGAACAUUGAGAAACCGUCAGGUUCCGAUCCAUCGGGAAGGGACUCGCCGAGGCAGAGCUGCCAAGAACUCACUCCGGGCAGCCACAGCCAGUCUGAAACCCAGAUGGGCACCAAGAAUGCCUCACAGCCUGCUCCCGAGACAGAAGAGGUGGGAAGCAGUAUGUCCACACUGGAGCGCUCCCUCGCUGCCCGCAGAGCCACUCGCGCCAAGCUCAUGAUUCCAAUGGACUCGCAGCCCAGCAAUCCAUCUGUCGUGAGUGCCAUCCCCGUCCCGACGCUAGAAAGUGCUCAGUACCCAGGCAUCCUGCCAUCCCCCACAUGCGGCUACCCACACCCCCAGUUCACUCUCCGACCCGUGCCAUUCCCGACGCUCUCAGUGGAUCGAACUUUUGGAACAGGAAGAACUGUGAACGAAGCACCAGCCCCUCAGCAGACAACCAUGUUACCACAGACCCAGCCUGAACAUUCCACCAGCGAGGAUGCGCCCAGCAGGACAAUUCCGACCGCAUGCGUCCGGCCUACACAUCCGCUCCGCAGUUUUGCCAAUCCCUUGCUACCUCCGCCAAUGAGUGCAAUAGAACCGAAAGUCCCUUACACACCACUUUUAUCUCAAACAGCAUCCAGUCUUCCCAAGGCUCAGGUGAAGACAGCAUCCCUUGGACUGGCCGGAAAGGCAAGAUCCCCUCUGCUACCUGUCUCAGUGCCAACAGCUCCGGAAGCCUCAGAAGAAGGUCACAAACAAACGGAGGAUUCAGCCAAUGUAUAUGAACAGGACGAUCUGAGUGAACAAAUGGCUAGUUUGGAGGGGCUAAUGAAGCAGCUUAAUGCUAUCACAGGCUCAGCUUUCUGAAAGGAAGGGAGGAGAAGAAUGGAGCUACCCAGGAACAUUGCAGCAUACCAGCGUUUCACGUGUACCACCACCCAACAUCUGUGUCUACCAUAACGUCAACCGAUAGAUCAUCCAGCGCCAUUCGACACUAGGAUCUCACCCUCCGGACAGAACAUUGUUCAUUCCUAUGGAUCGUGCAUCAACCUUAAAGUAGUGAUGAAAGAGCGUCCCUCAGAAGCAAGAAGGAAGGUGUCCUCACAGCAGAAUGGCGGAUAGUGCCUCUUGGCACUAGUGUUCUGCUGAUGGUCUAAGCCCACCAACUCUGCUGAAAUUCAUGCCCAAAUCUUAACAAGCUCACCCCUAGCACCAAUAUUGCUGCUGCCAGUAAGCCCUCACUGGUGCAGGUCUGCUCUUCCCCUUUUGUGAGAGACCUAGAAUUCAUGGCUGUGCCUCAUCUUUAAAGUCUGGCUGUUCUUGCAAAAUACCAGGGAGCCUGAGAAGUUAUUAUUAUGAUUAUUACGUUUGAUAUCAUAGCUGCCAGUUCUUUAGCUGGUUGUUGGCCUUUCAUUACAAUUCGAGCCUCACCCAGAGGCCUAGGAAGUUGUAGUAUUUGUGCGAAUCCCAGCAGGGCUGUUUUCUGAAUCUGGCAGAUUUGAUUUUGUCGAUUCAAAGACGUUUCAAGUGCUGCCCUAGCAUUUUCGGAAUGGUGCCCACAGUGCCGAUUACCACUGGGCCGACCUCAGCUGGUUUGGGCCACAGUCGCUGUAACUCGAUUUUC